AAGUUGAUUACGUCUCCUACCAUUACUAUUAACAUCAUUGCUUGUGUCUUAAACACCCAGCUUUUAGGAAUGCUCCUCUAACUCAGGACGUGGUUUCUACAUUCUUUCCCGAACCAAUCGGUUGUUAGCGGGAGGAGUCCCAGCAGUGUACCUGGGGGACGGAUAGCGGUGUUUCACGAGUUCGGAGGAGCGUUUGACGACUCCGGAGGUCCGAGGGCCGGUGGGGGGACUUGUUCGGGGGAGUCGUCUCCGGUACAAGCGAGCGACAUGCUCCCGCAUCAGAGAAUCGCGGGCCGAGAGCGGAGAACAUUUCACUUGGGAACCCCAUCACCGUGGGCCACGUGCGUGAGAGCGGCGUGCUGCAGUCGCAUGCGCUUCAUGUGGUUCUCUCUGAUGUUCCUGACGGUCCUCUGCGUGGCUCUGCAGAUGAUGGGAGUCGCCCGACAGGCCAGGAGCUCCAAGGAAUUGAAACUUGUGAGCGAGCAGCUGGUCAGAAUGCCUGCAGAGAUGCACGGGCCCAUAAAGAACAGAGACUGGAAAAAUCUUUGGUCUGUCUCAGCAGCCAUUUUUGAGGAACCAGUAGACCAGCAAGCUUUCAUACAAAGAAAAGACAAGAGUGAAAACCCUCAUUCAGAAGAGGAGAGGGUCCAAGUCUUGGAGGAUACAAGAAAAAAGCGUUCUAGCACUACCAAAGCAGCUCCACCAAUAGAGGCGAAUAAACUAUGGCUUGACCAAGAUUUUCCAAAGAAUCCACAGAGGCCAGAUUUCCCCAAAAGGAUCCCAAAAAUGAAAACACCUCCACCCUCUGAUGACAAAGCUGGUAAACAUGCAGUAAAAUCACUAGUUGACGACACUGUGAUGUGUCAGCCCAGAAACCAUAUCGUCUUCCUCAAGACACACAAGACCGCCAGCAGCACUAUACUGAACAUUCUCUAUCGUUAUGGGGAAAGCCAUAAUCUGACCUUUGCCUUGCCAGUGAAAAUGCAGAGCCAGUUAUUUUACCCAAUAUUCUUUGCAGCACACUUUGUGGAGGGUGUCAGGUCUCGCAGCGUGAAGGAGUUCCACAUCCUGUGCAACCACAUGAGAUUCAGAUCACAGGAGGUCAGGAAAGUGAUGCCUAAAGAUACAUUCUACUUUUCCAUUCUUCGGAAUCCAGUGGCGAUGAUGGAAUCCCUGUUUGUUUACUACAAAUCAAUCCCAGCUUUCCGUGGUGUCAAAAGCCUUGAGGAGUUCCUGAUCCAGGGUGGGCGGAGCUACAAUGCGUCUGUGCCUUAUAACCACUAUGCACGUAACAUUUUGACCUUUGACUUCGGUUUGGAUAAUACAGCACCUAAGAACGACACCGAGCUGGACAAACGUAGCGCCGAGGUCAUUGCCGCUGUGGAACGUGACUUUCCGCUGAUCCUCAUCUCAGAGUAUUUUGAUGAAUCGCUGGUGCUUCUAAAACAUGCCCUCUGCUGGUCACUGGAUGACGUUUUAUCUUUCCGCCUCAACAGUCGCAGUGAGCGCUCGCGCAGGCCCUUGAGGACAGAGACCGCAGAGCGGUUAAAAGAGUGGAAUUCACUUGACUGGCGAUUGUAUCAGCACUUUAAUGCCACUUUCUGGAAACGCAUAGAAUCCACACUCGGGCGGGCGAAGCUCCAACAGGAAGUUAUACUUCUGAGGGCCAAGAGGAGAAAGCUUGAGAAAACAUGUCUUCAGGAAGGAGGGGCGGUAGAUCCUGCGCAGGUCCAGGAUUCAUCCCUGAAGCCCUUUCAGUAUGGUGUAGCAGUUAUUCAAGGUUAUAACCUCCGACUGGGGUUAAACAAUGACACUCGUCAGCUUUGUCAGAGGUUGAUUACACCUGAGCUGCAGUACACCUCAGCGUUGUACACUAAACAGUUCCCUCAGCUGAGUGCCGCUGCCGCUGCGAAAAAAAAGAUUGGGGUUUCCAAAAGCACUGCAGCGCACAGAGCUGUUAAGCGCAAUGUUGAGACAAAUGUUCACACAGCAAUGAUGAACAAUACCUCACAUAACAAUACUAAUAAAGUCAGCAUGCAUGAACAGCUUAAACAAGUUUAGCUAAUUCUGUUCCAGUGCAGGUGACUCUUGUGAGGAAGUUCAGUUUAGUGAAUCAAAACCAUGCAGCCCAACCAGAAUGAAGUCACUGAAGAAUGAAUCAUUCAAAAAGACAGGUUUGAUUAAUUGUUCACUGAAUUGAAUCCAGCGAGGCACUGAAGCAAUGUCUGACUCCCUUACCUAACUAAAAGUGAUCAUUAUUUCCAGUGAUAUCCAUAUCGAAAUGAACCAAGGAUUUUGUCAGUAUCAUUUCAGCAUUAUUCGUCUUCUUUACCUUGUUUGCACUUUCUGUUUGAAAAUAAAUCAUCUAAUUUGUAUGAUUUUCCAUUUUAGAUUGGAAGAGGCCUUUCAGCUGUUGUGUUUUUGUAAAAUGCAAACCUUUCUGCUCAUUAUGGCUAAGCUGGUUUUCUAGAAACAAUGGUUUAGGUUUCCAGAGUGAGUCAGAAGUUAAAAUAACAUGGAUAAAGUGUGUUUGGCCUAUGCAAAAGUACAGCUUCGCCUGAACUUGGUUUUUGUUAUAAUGCUUGGAAACUGAUUUAUACAGCAGUAUUGUGAAUAACUUGGAGAACAGGCAUACACUUUGUAAAUCCAGCUGUUUAUUUCUGCAGCAUGUGACAACUGAUUUGUGGUUAAAUGUCACUGGAAGAAAAUGGAAAAUAUGUCACUGGCAAUCUCAGACACAUAAAUCAGAGCCUAAUGCAAAAUA